UCCCCUCCCAAUCAUGUGAUUCGGAUGCUCCAAUCCCCUCCCAAUCAUGUGAUUCAGGUGCUCCAAUCCCCUCCCAAUCACGUGAUUCAGGUGUCCCAAUCCCCUCCCAAUCAUGUUAUUCUGGUGUUCCAAUCCCCUCCCAAUCAUGUGAUUCGGGUGUUUUUCCAAUCCCCUCCCAAUCAUGUGAUUUGGGUGCUCCGAUCCCCUGCAUAUCAUGUGGUUCAGUUGUCCCAAUCCCCUCUCAAUCAUGUGAUUCAGGUGUCCCAAUCCCCUCCCAAUCAUGUGAUUCAGGUGUCCCAAUCCCAUCCAUAUCAUGUGAUUCGGGUGUUCCAAUCCCCUCCGUAUCAUGUGAUUCAGGUGCUCCAAUCCCCUCUCAAUCAUGUGAUUCAGGUGUCCCAAUCCCCUCUACAUCAUGUGAUUUAGAUGUUCCAAUCCCCUCCACAUCAUGUGAUUCAUGCUCUUCAAUCUCCUCCAUAUCAUGUGAUUUAGGUGUUCCAAUCCCCUCCAUAUCAUUUGAUUCAGGUGUUCCAAUCUCUUCCCUAUC